ACAGAUCUGCUGCGAUCAUCGCUACUCUGCGAACCCUCCAACAAUGGGAGGUCAUGGUGGUCUGAAUAUUCUUCCUCAGAAGCGAUGGAACGUCUACAACUUCGACAACAGAGAGAAAGUCCGCAAAGACGAAGAAGCCGCCGCCAAAGAAGAGCAGCUCAAGCGCGAGCAGUCUCGAAAGCGUGACUUCGAGCUUCGUCUUGUCCAACUCCGCCAAGCCCGUGGUUUGGCCCCUUCAGCUCAGGCCUCGUCGCCUUCUUCAGAGACAAAAUCAAAAUCAAAAUCAAAAUCGGAAUCGAAAUCGAAAUCCCCGGAAUUGGAAUCGAAAUCCAAAUUGAAUCACAUUAAUUUGUUUGAAGGUAUUAAAUUUUUUGAUCCAGUAGUUUUUGGAGGUGAGGGAAAAGGGGAAGAUGAAGGAGGGGCAUUUAAGAAGAUGAAGAUGGCGAAGAAGGAGGCGGCGCCGAGGGUUGUGAUGCCUGAAGAUGAGAAGUAUAGGUUGGGUUAUGGGAUUGCUGGGAAAGGGGUGAAAUUGCCGUGGUAUUUGUCGAAGCCAAACGAUGAUGCCAAUGUAGAGGAAGAAGAUGAUCAUCAUCAUCAUAGGUCUAGAGAAGGGGCUAAGAGUGGUGUGAAGAAGACUUUGGAACAGCUGAGAGAAGAACGGUUGAAGAGAGAAAAGAAAGAGAAGGAAAGGGAGCAAUCUCUGAUGCUAGAGAAACGGUUCAAUAGAGAUAAGAAAGAGAAGGAAAGGGAGCGAGCUCUGAUACUAGAGAAGGGUCGAAGAGAUGUACCUUUCUUGAAGGACCGAGGAUUUUCUAGGAGGAGUGGGAAGUGAACUGGAGCCAGGCUUGGGCUGAUUACGUACAAGGGAAGACCUGAAAGUUUUCAAAUGGGCAAGGUCAUGUACAGUUACUAAUCUUGGAGACAUGUUCAUAGUUUUUGCUUAAAUUUGUGCACAAGACUUUUUGAAGAACAAUGGAAGCUGAUUUCAUGUAUUUUGUUAGUGAAUUUUAGGGCUGAGCAUAAAAAUCGAAAAAAUCGUAGACCGCUCCGGUCCAAACCAAACCUUACAGUUUGGUUUGAUUUUCUGAAUGCAUGAUUCAGUUCUGAUUUUGAAAUAGGUGAAGUAUAAUUUAUAGUUCGGUCUGUGAUUUUAUAGCUACGAAUUUAGUUGAAAUUGAACCGGAUUGUUGAGAUUAUAUA